AUGACUGAAUGCCCAAUGGGUCAAAUUUUGAGAAAUCAUGAAGAACCACGUCGCGGAGUCACCGUUUCGGUCUCAACGUUGAGGACGAGCAACAAGCGGGAUCAAACAAUUGAUCCUUUCGUCGUUGCUUUGACGCUCGAGCAAGCCGCGUUGCAGAUGAGAGGUGUUCCAAAGGGAUCGUCACCUUUGACCUUAAUCAAAACCAGCACUGAGGAUAUCCCUUUCGCAGCCAACAUACACGACUGGCUGCCUUACUCACUUGUUCAUAUCGUGCCGCCACCUGCUGGGUUCGGCCACAACCCGUUAUCGAAUUGCUUUUUCGAACAAGCCCAGGAAGCAAAGGCAAAACUAGGAACAAAUCAUCAAGCUCUCGCCCGUCACUUCCGCUAG